AUGGAAAAGGACCUAUGCAAGCAAGCCCUCGCAGCCGGCCAUUGGUCGUUCUCAUCGCCAGCCAAAGCAUUCAAUGGCGUUCCUUUUUCUUGGUCGGAGCUUAUUCGCAAAUUCAACAAGCAUUGCGAAGACGAAGAUCAGUAUCAACCUCUACGACUAGAAGAAUAUCUACUGGAACUCGGCGAUGAAUCUAUUCUGGUAUCGGAAAGGAUGGAAGAGGCUCUGAAGAAAAUAGAGUCUUCGAAUCUUGAUAUAUUGAAUUUUGCAUUGGCGUACUAUGCAUAUGCUGUUACCGCCGUCGUGCACGUACAAAAUCACAUCCCUUUCCUCGCGACACUCAGAGCAAACAUACCGCGCGUCCCAACGGGAUGA